ACCUUCUUUUCGCUGUGGACCUGAGUAAGUGGGUAUCCAUAAUGUAAGGUAAUCAAGGUCAUGGACUGAAUGAUAUCACCAGGCAAAAUGGACGGUAGGGAAUUCCAGUUUGCAGUUUUAUGAAUACUCUUACUAGCUGGAGGUAGACCUGUAUAGAGGAUGUUGAGAACGGAGAGACGCAGAUCAUCACAGGAUGGCCGCAGUGACGAGGCAAGUCUCCGGACGCGAGUUAAAGAGUUGGAAAGAGAAGUUGUGACACUCAAGAAACGGUUAGAUGAGCUGAGAAAAGCUAAGAACACUACCGUACUGAAGCGCGAGAGAGAGGUACUGGAAGUUGGCGUUCCAUUCACUAAAAGGGAGACAAAACCUGUUCACCCUGGUGAUCAAAAAAUGGAUGAAUUGCAGAAGAAGUUGGACCAAUUGAAAUUAGACAGAGAGAAAGAAAUGGCCGAAAUCCGCAACAAAUUUGCGGCAGAUGUGGAAGAACUGAAAAAGCAAAACACUUCCCUCGACUGUGGCCACGAAAGAGAGCUGGCAUCCCUCAGGGAGCGAGUGUGCGCGCUGGAGGCUGAGAAUGCGGCGGUACUGCUGGAGAAUGCUGAGUGCAAGGAACAGCUGGGAGGCUUGGUGACCGAGCUCAGCGUGAAGGAGGCUCACUGGUGUGAGAUGGAGGAGAAGUACAAACUGGAGUUGAAAACUUCGUGGGGAGCUAAGUAUGCAGAGUGGAUGUCGGCUACGGAGCGCAAGAUACAAGAUUUACAAGCGACAAAUGAAAUUUUGCGGGGUUAUCUGAAGAUGCACGCCCCUGAGGGAAGGGAUCCGUCUGGACAAGAUCCAGCAUAGAGCAAAGGACAUUCUCCACUAGCAAUUUCCCAAGAGGGAGGUAACUCCCAGUGCUGAAAAAUGACAGGUAUCUAGACAGUUAUAUCGUGACGGUGGUGUACAGUGUGACGUUACAAAUACUUUUGGAAAUACUGGCAGGAUCAUGAACGGAGGAAAAAAUCUUGACGAACAACCAGUGAGUGAGUGAGUGAUUGGGGUUUUAUCGUCGUACAUAACAAUUUUUCGGUCUUAUGACGACAAAGGAAUCCUUAGAGUACAUGUAAUGUGCCUCCUUCCACGGCCCUCUUAUCUACUGCUGCUUCACUCAGACGCCUUACCGAAGGCAGGUAAGUCGCCACACCCGAGCCAUUAUACUCAUACGGGUCAACAGUUCGUUGCACUGUCCCCUUCAUGCUGAAUGCCAAGCGAGGAAGUUACGACUUUCUCUUUUAAGGUCUUAGGUGUGACUCGACCCAGGAUUGACUCUGGAUCUACAUCUCCCGAAGCAGACGCUCUACCAAGUAUGCUAUCGGGGUGGGUAACAGCCAGUGAAUUAUAAAUCUGUAAGCUUCAAGCCACCCCUAACAGUGUUGAUAUAUAGUCUACAUGUACUUCGCUUGCAGUCAUUUCAAGUCCACUUGACUCUGUAAUAUGUUGAAUCUUAAUGUCAGAAUGCUUACCGGAAAUUUUCUGGACAAAAAGCAGAUUGCAGUAACAGGAAGUGAUCGCCGAACCUUGAUGUUUAAGUCUAAGUACUAAGGACAAUCCAUCCUCAGGGGUUGUGUUAUGUGUAAUAAGUGUACAAGUAGGUAUAGGUUUAUGUUAUGUAUGACAUACAAUUAAAGAUCAUCAAUUUCAUCAAAA